AUGAUUGACCCUUUGCCCAUCAGCAAGGAGAAGGAAAAGGUCCUGACCAGAACGCGCCCCAGCUGGCUUCCUCCCAAGGACCAAAAGGAGGAGAAGCGACACUUGAAAGAAUAUAAGAAGAUGAUGGCCCAGUCUCGUGAAAUAGAAAAGCGCAAGGCCGCCAAAGCCGCUUCCGCUAAAUGCGAGAAGGACGAUACACGCGACGCGCUUAAACGUGUCUGGGAUGAGUAUGUGAAUCCAAACUGGGAUCGUGCCGUGACGGAAGCCCGAACUCGGGAGCUCUGGUGGCGUGGAGUUCCACCCCAGAGCAGGGGCACUAUCUGGGGGCGGGCCAUCGGCAACGAGCUCGCUUUGUCCGAAGAUACAUACACCAAGGCUUUGAAAAGGGCCAAGGAGGUUCGAUCCAAUUCUGAGGGGGAUUCAGAAAACACCCCGAGAAUAGGAGAGUGGUUCGCAGCGAUUCAUGAGGAUGCGUCGAAGGCAUUCCCCGAAUUGCGUCUUUUCCAGGAAGGUGGCCCGUUACGGGAGACACUGAUCGAUGUGCUGGAAGCUUAUUCCAUGUAUCGAAGCGAUGUGGGAUAUAUCUACGGCCUUCACACCAUCGCUGCUCUCCUCGUCCUGCAAUUUCCCACACCUGCCUCUGCCUUUAUUGCGAUGGCGAACGCACUUAACCGACCGCUUCCCGUUGCCUUUCUCACCCUGGAUCGAGGCGCCGUCAGCCGUACUUAUUCCCUUGCGUCUGCGACACUGCGAUAUAAGUUUCCUCUCUUGGCUACACAUCUUUACGAAACUCUCCGCCUCACGGACGAAGACAUCUGGGAGCCAAUGUUUCGUUCCCUUCUCACAAACGGGCUCGAUCUAGAGCGUGUCUGUCGCGUCUGGGACUGCUGGGUCUUCGAAGGGGACAGGAUGAUUAUUCGGUCCGCCGUCGCAGUUAUGGGUUGCCUGCAGUCACAACUCUUUGUAUUCAACAAGCCCGAUGACCAUAGCCGUAUGGCUGUUAUGAACAUUCUCGGCUGGGGCCCGCGCCACCUGGGAGCCAAGCCCAGAGACCGGCACAGUGCUCCUGCAGCGACCGGGUUUGGCGGUGGGCAGUUUUCCAAUGCCGGCGUUGGUGACUAUUGGAUCUUGACAGCCGCUGGUAAUGAAGACGGCUUCAUAAAUGAGGUUAGAGAAGCGGGCAAAGUGCACGGUUAG